AUGCCUCCGAACAUUGUAAAUCAAGUUCUUGGAAUUUUCAAGUUCUGGGUGACGAAAUGUUGGGCGUUGUGGGGUUGCUGUGGGAAAUGUUUUGAUGUCAAAUUGAAGGCAAUCAACCAAACUUCUGCACGAAUCCCUCAUAUAGAUGGUCAAAGAUCCAAACCCUUAAAGCAAAAUAUUGGUGAAUUUGAAAUCCACGAGUUGGUUGGAGUUGAAGUAAAAGCUUUUCUUCAUUACUCACAGCCACUUCCGGUCAGGAAAAGUCUUUCAUUUGAAAAUGUUCACACGUUUUUCCUCGAUUUCCACACAUGUCAAAGCCCGCAUCCGAGUUCAACAAGAAAUUCUGAAAAAUGCUGA